AUGUCCACUCCCCAUGGUCAAGGAAGGAGACUAGCCAUGUCCGCUCCCCAUGGUGAAGGAAGGAGAGUAGCCAUGUCCACUCCUCAUGGUGGAGGAAGGAGCUUAGCGGUGUCCUCUCCCGAUGGUAAAGUAAGGGGAGUAGCCGUGUCUACUCCACAUGGUGAUGGAAGGAGAGUAGCCCUGGCCACUCCCCAUGGUCAAGGAAGGGGAGUAGCCGUGUCCGCUCCCCAAUGUGAAGGAAGGGGAGUAUCCGUGUCCACUCCCCGUGGUGAAGGAAGGAGAGUAGCCAUGUCCACUCCCCAUGGUGAAGGGAGGAACUUAGCGGUGUCCUCUCCCGAUGGUAAAGGAAGGAGAGUAGCCAUGUCCGCUCCCCAUGGGGGAAGCAGAAGGGAGCGGCCGUCUCCACCCCCCUAUGGUGAAGGAAGGGGAGUAGCCUUGUCCGCUCCCCAUAGUGAAGGAAGGGGAGUAGCCGUGUCCUCUCCCCAGGGGGAAGCAGAAGGGAGCAGCCGUGUCCACUUCCCAUGGUGA